AUUUGGUAGAAAACGUAGAAGAAUUAAGGGUUUGAGGGUUUUUGAUGGAUUCACCUGAGCACGUUAAGAGCUAUGGGAGACGGGAGAGAGAUGAUAGUUCAGACGUGAAAAGUGAUAGGGCAGGGGAUGAUGAAGAAUGGGAAGGUAGUGAUAAGAGGAAGCAUAGGUCAAGCAAACCUAGAGAGCCUAGCAAUGGAGAAAAGGCUGAUGUGUUGGAAGACAAUGGAAGACGGAGAAGUUCUGGGUACAGAAAUAAGAGCCGUAAGAGGUCAAGUGGCUUAAGUAGAGCAGAAAUUGAUGAAGAUGAUUAUGACACGAGAAAGGAACUACGUUCUAAGCAGAUGAUAAAAAGGAAAGAAGAGAGGUCCAUGGAAAUAUUGAUUAGUUGGUACCAAGAUGGAGAUCUUGAGAAAAGGCAAGAAAGUGGAGAUAAAACAGGAAGCAGAAGGCAUGGUCGGGCUGAUGAAAGCGAGAGAAGGAAAACAACUUCAAAGUUCUCAGAGCAUGAAAGUUCUUGUGGAGAAAGGAGAGAAAGCAACCGUGACAAAGGUCAUGGUUCUUCUGACUCAGCAAGAAGCUCAAGAAAAAGAUGGGAUGAAGCAGAUGCCAUAAAAAAAGAUGAAGAUAAUCACUAUGAAAGGGCUGACUCAAGAAGUGGAAAUGCUUCUGAUUCCAAGUAUGAGAAUGGUAGAGUGAGAAGUGCAUCUAUAGAAAUGAAGCCAGUGAGAGUAAAAGCAGGGAACUGGAUUCAAAUAAUGUUAAUCACGAAGAAAGAAUCAGUAGGGAAAAAAAUGAGAAGCAUGAACAGCAAAGAACUCCCGCUGGUCAUGAUGUUGCUGAUAGCCAGGAACGGACUUCCAAUAUGGAUGAUAAUGCAAGUAUAUGGACAAGGGAUAAAAGCACAAAGAGAAGUAUGGCACACAAACGGGUCAAGGACCCUAGAGCAGACUAGAAGGCAUCGUCAAGAAUCAGAGCACCCUGAUACGGAUUAUGAAAGAAGUCUUGAUGUCUCGCAGAAAGAACUAGAAAAGGAUGGCCACAGGGAUGAUAGAUUGAAAAGCAAAGGUGAUAACUGGAGUGAUAAAGCUAGAGAUAGAGAAGGUUCAAAAGAAAAUUGGAAACGAAGGCAACUGAGUAACAGUGAUAAAGAGUCAAAAGAUGUUGAGAUCAUUUAUGACCGUGGUAGAGACUGGGAGUUGCCGAGGCAUGGUCGAGAAAGGAAUGAGAAUGGAAGGCCUCGGUCAAUUAGGUGAGAGCUGGCUCUGGAAGCUGAAGUCGGCUCUACAGGCAAAAAUUUGAAGAUCGUCGUUUGGCGUGCGCGGAGAAAGGACGCAAAGCCGGCUCCAACUUUGCAGUCGGCUGUCGCUAUUUCAGCGCCUCUUAUGGGAUCACCUUUUCCACAUCUUGGAAUGCCACCACUUGGACCAAUGCAGUCGCUCAACCCCAAUACGCCACCUGCUCCUGGUCCUCCAACCUCUCUAGGUGUUUUCAUUCCACCAUUUUCUCCACCUGUUGUUUGGCUUGGGCCUCGAGGCAUUGAUAUGAAUAUGAUGGGUGUUCCACCUGGACCUAUGGGACGAGGAGCACCACCUGAAAAGUCAUCUGCUGGUUGGGUUCCUUCAAGGACUGGUGGACCUUCUGAUAGAGCACCUUCCAAAGGAGAGCAAAAUGAUUACUUUCAAAAUUUUGUGGACACUGGCAAGCAACCCCAGGAAUUCAUCAGGGAAUUGGAGCUUACAAAUGUUGUAGAGGACUACCCCAAGCUUAGGGAGCUUAUACAGAACAAAGAUGAAAUCGUUGCUAAAGUUGCUUCUCCCCCCAUGUAUUUCAAAUGUGACCUGCAUGAAUUUGACCUAUCUCCAGAAUUCUUUGAGACCAAGUUUGAUGUCAUUCUUAUAGACCCCCCUAGGAGGAAUAUUUCAUUGGGCUCUUGGUGUUGCUGAUCAUAUUGAGUACUGGACAUUUGAAGAGAUAAUGAAUCUUUAAGAUUGAGAUAAAUUGCUUGUAGAAGUAGAACUUUGUCAGUUGCCUUUGGAUAGAAAAAUGUGCACAGCAUCUUUUGUUGUUACCUUAUUACUGGAAACAAGCUGUUUUUGUUUUCUGUUGAUGCAUUUCCUUGUGACAACUUACUAUCAAUUUGAUGUUCUCUCUACUGCAUAUAUAAAAAAUGCGUAACUGCAAAAAAUUUUGAGGAAUGAACAAUAGCAAACUGGAGUUUCUUUUGAACAUUUGGGAUCGUCUGAAGGUUUUACUUAGUGGAUAGUGUUGGAGCAACUCUCUGGUUGCAUGUUCUUUUGAAUCUAAUAAGAGCAUUAACUGGAACCUUUUACCUUUUUAUGCUUUAUUUUACAGGCAAUAGCAGAUACACCUUCUUCUAUCUUCCGUUGGGUGGGUGAUGGUGUGGGCCUUGAGCAAGGCCGCCAGUGCUUGAAGAAGUUAGAGUAGUAGACAUUUAACUUGAUUCUUGUCUUCUGCUGUGAUUAUAGUUCUAGAAUCUUUUCUUUUUUUUUCAUUCUUUAUUUUGGUUGCUAUUUUAUAAUGGCUGUACUGCAGUGGGGUUUUCGAAGGUGUGAGGAUAUAUGUUGGGUGAAAGACAAACAAAAAUAAUGCAACUCCAGGGUUAAGACAUGAUUCUCAUACUAUAUAUCAGCACUCCAAGGUUUGUAACAUUACUCCAAGUUGUAGACUUUUGCAAUAUUUCCCUUAAGGACUUCCUUAUUGAUUUAGUCAUCUGCAAAUGCAAUUACUGUUUUCUGAGCUGUUCCUCACUUUUAAUUGAAGGAACACUGCCUGUUGGGUAUAAAAGGAACUGUUCGUC